AUGUAUACGAUGUCGAGGUAUCUCCGGCAUCUAGAAGAACAGCUAGCAAAAAGUGCUAGCACUGUGCAUCAUCAGGACACCCCCCGCCAAGAUGCCCUCAUCGAAUCCCCUUACGUUGGAGAGAGUGAAAUUGAUCUCUCUACACCUAAUCAUCCUCGGUUUCUCUUAGAGGAUCAGACAGGUAUCCGCUGGAGGGAAAUGACGCAUGAUCUGGACACCUCUCUCCAUCCGCCUAACACAACAUAUCUCCAGCGAGCGCAUACUGGGGAAGACCCCGAUAUUGAGCAAGACGGCCGUCGAUCACGGUUCUCUCGGAAUCCCCUCGUAGAUAAGGACCCGUCCUUUGCGCGGACUCCAGAUGGCCGGUUUUGGUAUAUGGGCCCAACGUCAUCAUGGUCCUUUUGUCGCCGUGUUUUGCGUCUCAUUGGAAGACGGGUUCCGGAAUCCAACUGCCCGCCAGACCCAUGGCACCUGGAUGGCAUGGCAUUCAAGCUUCAGUGGAGACCACUGCCCCCAGAUGAGGUGCCUGAUGUCACAAAUCUCCCACCCCUUGAUUACGCCCUGUUUCUUUUCAGCACUGUCAAAUUCUAUUUUGGCUUCCUCUCGCUUAUAAUUGAUGAAGAAGCUUACUUGCGAGAUUUGCAUGAAUUUUAUAAGAACCCGACGGUGAAGGCCGCCUCAGCAAGAUAUUGGUAUGUCCAAUAUCUUCUCGUUCUCGCCUUUGGGAAAGCCUUCCUUACGCACAAAAAUCCCUCUGGAACUCCUCCAGGUCAUCAAUAUGCGUCCAGGGCAAUGGCAUUACUACCAGACCUGUCUGGAAUGCAUGAAGAUCCCUUGACGUGCAUCCAGGCACUCAGUCUUGGGGCAGUGUAUCUGCAAUCUAUUGACAUGAGACGGGCAGCAUUUCAGCAUAUCGGGCAGGCUUUGCGUGGUUGCAUCAUUGAAGGCAUUCAUAGACACGUGCCGGUGCAGCUUGGAGGCCCAGAACUUUCAAGCCGCUGUAGAACAAUAUUCUGGGUGGUCUACAUGCUGGACCGUGAAUUUUCAGCCUUGAUCGGCGCGCCCAGCUCCAUCCGAGAUGAGGAUAUCACGGUCAGAUUGCCGGCAGAUGUUGAAAACUCGGUGGAGCAUGUCAACUUGACGUUACACGUGCGGCUUUCAAGGCUGAUGUCGCAGAUCUUGACAACUGUGUAUGGAGUGGGAGAUGAGUUCAAUGGAUCACUCAUCCGAAAUACCCAGUCAAUUCUCCAUAGUAUGGCAGAGCUUUCUCAUGAUCUCACGGCUUUUCUUGACACUCAUUUCCAUGGGCUCAUUAGCCGAGCUUCGAAGAUGGCAAUCCGACUUAUGCUAGCACAUCAUCACUGUAUUGUUCUUACAACAAGGCCUUUGGUGAUGUGUGCGCUGAAUAUGCAUAUCGAACGUACAGAGAGACAAGCAUCCCAAAGCAUCGCUAUCUCUCCCCCAGUCGCCUCUCUACUUCAGUGUUGUGCAGAUUCAGCCCAGACCAUACUCCAGACUCUUCAAACACUCGCUGACGACGACUUAAUUGAUGCAUUUCUACCUUUCCAAAUUGAAGACGCCUCCUCGUCUGCCUUCGUGCUCUACUUGAUUCGAGCCAUCGCGCCUUCACUAAUUCAUAGUGAUAAUUGGUGCGAUCACUUGACGUGCGUUCUAGAUAAACUAAUUUCAAAGGGCAAUCCAGCUGCACCACUCAGAAGACGGGAGCUGAGGCAGCUGGAGCAGAUCUUAGCCCCCUUGACACCUUGCUCUACUACUCGGUCCCCCCCUCCCAUGGACGUCAAUCAGAAUGGAGAAGAAAUUGGAGAGACAUACGGAUUGGAUCAAGUGGACGUGGGUGAAGGCUUUGAAUGGGACAUGCUGGGGAUCAAUUCGUCCGUCAGCUUACCACCGAGGGAAUUGUUGGAUCUUGCGGAUCAAUUGCAUGUAGAAAGCAUUAUGCGGUCCGUGGACUCUUACAUCGGCUGA